AACACCGUGUCUGCUCUCCCCUUCCCCGCCUGCCCUUUUUAUCCCUGCUUGUUUUCGCCGAAUGCCUUCAGAUCCGAAGCGCUCCCGGUGGCAGCCCGGUUCCAGAUCUUUCUCUGCUCCUUAUUUAUUCCCCCCCACCCCUUCUUCGGAGAACUGUUUGCUCCGUUGUCGCCGGAGAGGGGUCGGUUUUGUUUGCCGUCGCUGCCGGCGGUGGGCCGGGUUCCAGGUUUUGUGGGCUUUGUGUAAACUAGGCCCUAAUUAAGAUCAGUGUGAUAAGUGCCGAACAGAACUGCAGCUUGCGGCCUGGUUUACUGGCCGUUCAGCCGGGCUACCUGUGAAACAAACCAGAGGCUGCGGAAACUGAACGUUUUUUGUUAUUCCAAACCGGAACGCCGUGCAAUAAAAGAGAGCACGGCGUACAGUGCCAAAGAGCUCCAUUUUUAUUUUAUUUUUUUGGCCGAGGCGCAACGGUGCCGCGCCGUAUUGUGGGGGCGAUACCAGGCAGUGGGAUGCAAUCAAUCUCUCUCUGCAAACCAGUUCCCUGCCGUUUUGUCACACUUGGAGCGUGACCAAGGAACAGAACGCGAGAUCAGAACGUGACCGAGGAACAGAGCUCAGGAUGGCGCUUUUCAAGUAAGGACACAGCGGAUUUUCAGUAGCCGGGUUCGUCAGGAGUAGGUUCAGGCUCCGCUGUUCUGAUUCCUCGGUAUGGUCGCUGUUGAUUCCUUUGUGGAAAGCAUUGCUUUUGGGAACAUGGUGGUGGUGAAGAAUCGUGGAACGCUGUGAAGAGCCCGGCUGCCUCGUAGAGAGAAAAAAAUUUGGGACCGUUUCCAGCUGAAGGAUCUACUGCGUCCAUCAAAGAGUCUUCCCGUCUUCCACAAUGAACCCUGUUUACAGCCCUGUUCAACCUGGGGCUCCCUAUGGAAAUCCGAAGAACAUGGCCUACACAGGUUAUCCCGCCGGAUAUCCCACAGCUGCUCCGACCUACAACCCAAACAUAUAUACAACUACCAGCCCCGCCUAUGCCCAAGCGACGCUUCUGAUGAAACAGGCCUGGCCCCAGACGUCCUCGUGUACCACUGAGGGCACCUUUCACCUCCCAGUGGACACUGGGACCGAGAACAGAGCAUACCAAGCAUCAGCGGCAGCAUUCAGGUAUACCGCAGGAACUCCCUACAAGGUCCCGCCUACUCAGAGUAACAGCGCCCCUCCGCCCUACUCGCCAUCUCCAAAUCCGUACCAAACAGCGAUGUACCCCAUCCGAAGUGCCUACCCACAGCAGAACCUGUAUGCCCAGGGAGCAUAUUACACGCAGCCUGUGUAUGCGGCACAGCCUCACGUCAUCCAUCACACCACUGUGGUCCAGCCAAACAGCAUCCCUUCUGCUAUUUAUCCAGCUCAGGUGGCUGCCCCCAGGACCACCGGCGUGGCCAUGGGCAUGGUUGCUGGGACUACCAUGGCAAUGUCGGCAGGCACCCUGUUGACCACCCCGCAACACACUGCAAUUGGAGCACAUCCAGUCUCGGUGCCAACGUACAGGGCUCAGGGGGCCCCCACCUACAGCUACGUACCUCCACACUGGUAAUCUCAUCGGCCAACCCACGUUCAAAGUCAACCAUCGUAUGCAACAAUUCAAGUCUUACAUCGGUGCUGGAGCGGCCAUCCCACGUCACCGAGUCUGUUAGCAAGAACAGAAGAACGAGUGCAAGGGUCACUUUAUGCAUUCUUUAGGGUUUUGAUUUUUUAAAACUUUUUUUUAAAGUUUAUUUUGUAAAAAAGCCACUCCCUCCCUUUGGGCUCACCCUCCUGCCACCUCCAGCUUUCCUGACACCCCCCCCCGCCCUGCCCCCCGGGCCGUUUCACGUCAUCUACUCAUGCUGAGCAAAACCGUGCUUUCCUUCCCCGUCUUCUGCCAUUCCUCGCCGUCAUGGGUUUCACUCUCCGAGUCCAUUUUUGGCCACGCUAGCGAGGGCAGGUAUGGUUUCGAGGGCGACUGCGUGAAAAAGCACAGUGCUGGCUUGUCGGACAUUUUCCCAUUUUUGUUUCAUUUCUUUUUACAAUUCUAAUCAACGAAAUCCAGAUUGGAAGUGCGGAUGUGUGCCCUCAUGUGGUCUCUCUCCCUCCCUCCCCCCCUCUCUCUCUCACACACACACACGCACGCAUGCACACACACAGAGUUGUUCAUCUUCCCAUAACAUGGCACAAAAGGAUAUUGCUGUCUUCCAUACAAGUGUUGGAAUCAGACUUACAGUUCAUUAUCUGCAUUGAAAUUCAUUCCCCCCUUACUCGAGUGGGCAAUUACACGCAACAGCCCCUUGUGUCGUAGGAAACGGGAAAGCUGUCGCCCGAUGCUUCUGCAAGCACUCGUCUAAAUUGUCGAGUAGGUUUCUCCCCGCCUCGUCUUCACACUGGGAAAAAGAAUAGCACCCGGGCCACGCGAAAUGCAUUUCGUGAAAGGCAGGGUUGUCAUUCCACCGGUUUUACAGUCAUUUCGUUGUGUUCCCAGUUCUGAGAGUGGGGAGAAUAUAGAGGGAAUAUAGAGGGCAAAAUAGUUUCCAAAUCCUUAGUGUUGACUGCUUCCACAAACAGCAGCAACUCGAAAGGGGCCCAGUUUAUGGGGCCCGACGUCUCUUUAGCGGCCAGUUUUGCUCCGCCAGAUUGUUUGGAAGUUAAAUGUGAAAAACUAGAGUCCCGUGUGGCUGUCCUGCUGUCUUGGUUCGUACCACAAAGAAGCACCUAAGUCAUUUGGUUGCACGUUCCGCUCCAGACCUCCGCCGCUCCGCCUAGCAGUUUCGAUUCAUGCCAGUACCCUUACCGACUUAAAUUCCUAACUGUUCCUUUUGGUUGCACAAAUUGGCUGUAAAAAUGGGGGCGGGGAUGCUCUGCGGGCUUUGCAAGUGGACGCGCCGCCCCUUUUUGAGAGCAAAAUCAAGCCAAUGCAGCUACAACCCUCUCUCUACUGACACAAGUGGUCCACACCUUGCGUGAGCCAACGUGGCGUAGCGGUGCACCGUAAUCUGGAGAACCGGGUUUGAUUCCCUGCUCUGCCACUUGAGCUGUGGAGGCGUAUCUGGUGAACCAGAUUA